AUGGGCUGCAGCUUUGGCGCCCGGCUGGUCGGGUUUAAUGAGUCGGCCGCCGGCGAGCACGGCCCGGAGCUGGUCGCCACCGGCUCGCCGUGCUUCGUCUGCACCGGCCUGCCCGCCCACUGGCGCUCCAACAAGGCGCUGCCGGUGGCGUUCAAGGUGGUGGCGCUGGGCGAGGUGGCCGACGGCACGGCCGUUACCCUGCGCGUCGGCAACGACGAGAACCCGUGCGGCGAGCUGCGCAACAAUAUGGCGCUCAUCAAGAACCAGGUGGCCAAGUUCAACGAUCUCAGGUUCAUCGGGCGCAGUGGCAGAGGGAAGAGCUUUAACCUAACAAUUCAGAUAUCGACCACGCCGCCACAGAUUGUGUCCUACAACAAGUGCAUGAAGGUGACGGUCGACGGACCACGGGAGCCAAGAAGCAAAACUCGUCAGCACCAGUACCGCGCGUACGGCUUCGGGCAGCGGCCCUACGCGGACGGCAGGUUCACGGACCCGCUGCGCGACCUGGACCACCUGCGCCGCAAGGCGGAUGGCCUGGCGCUGAAGGGCGCCGCCGGGGUCAGCCCGCUGUCAGAUGCCGGACAGCUGUUGCAGGAAUCAAGCCAUUGGGGUGGUUACACACCUUCUCCGUACGCUUACCUGCCUAGCAGCGUGCCGGGCAACAUGGCGUCACUGCAGGGCGGCGGCUUCUCCUACCACAGCCCCGGCCAGCAGGCUCUGCUGCAGACCGACAGCAGUCCGCACCUUCCAGCAGUGCUGCCGGAGCCGAGUCUCCAGCCGCCGCCGCUGACCAGCCUUGCCUCCGGCCCGUCCGAGUACACCCCGCCCGGGUACCGCUCCGACACGGAGUACACGCCGCCGCCGGGGGUGGUCCAAGUGGUGCGCUCAGGUGGUCCGAGUGGUGCGCUCAAGUCGUCCGAGGGGCGCGCUCAGGUGGCCCAAGUGGUGCGCUCAGGUGGUCCCGAGUGGCGCGUUCAGGUGGUCCCGAGUGACGCGCUCAGGUGGUUCGAGUGA